AUGAACCAAGAUUACCAGCGGCUACCGCUCACCGGCGGCUCCGGUGGCGACGGCGAUGUGGGUACCACCACAAACUCCAUAUCCGAAUCCCUUUCCUACCCCUUCGCGAAGGCGCCCGCUAGCUCUGGCCGCGGGGCGGUCUCAAUCGACGUGGCGCCGGAGGACUACGGCAGCGACGGCGAAGACGAAAUCCCAGCGGCCCCUCUGGCCGGGGACUGCGGGUACUCGAGGCCCUUUUUGUUCCUGGACAUGAUAUGGAACCUGGCGUUUGUGGCUGUCUCGAUUUUCGUGCUCCUGGUGACCGUCAGGGAGCGGCCGGCGACGCCGCUGAGGCUGUGGGUUAUCGGGUACGCGCUGCAGUGCCUUCUGCAUGUGGGUUUUGUGUGGGAUGAGUAUCAAAGUCGGGGCCUUGACGGCGAGGAAGACGGCGGCGGCCGUCGUGGUCGGAAUUUUCAUUCUAGAGGGGUUUCAAUUUUAUCUGCUCUCAGUCACAAAAGCGUGAUAAAGAAGCUAGAGUCCGUUAACACUAUUGUUUCAUCAGUGUGGUGGGUUUUCGGUUUUUAUUGGAUAGUAAUCGGAGGCCAACCCCUUCUGCAAGAUUCGCCACGACUUUACUGGUUGUCAGUGAUCUUCUUAGCCUUUGACGUGUUUUUCAUGAUCUUCUGCAUAGCCAUGGCUUGCGUUAUUUUCCUGUUGUUGUUUUGUUGUUUUCCGAUCUUAGCUACAGUUGCAUAUGCAAUGACUAUAAGAGAUGGAGCCUCUGAAAAUGAUAUAAAGUCCCUUCCCAAGUAUGUUUAUCGACAGAAAAAUAUACUUGAAGAUGAAGUGAAACAAGAAGAAGUGAAUUUAACGGCACUCCCGGGCAAUAGCAGUUCCACAUCCGAGCUUUUUCUUAAUCCAGAAGAUUCUGAAUGCUGCAUUUGCCUCUACAAGUAUGUAAAUGGAGCUGAGCUGUGUACACUUCCAUGCAACCACCAUUUUCACCACAAAUGCAUCACCAAAUGGCUUCGUAUAAACGCGACUUGUCCCCUUUGCAAAUUUAACAUUCUUAGAGGCGAUAUGAUGGUCUAA